AUUAUACAAACUACUACAACGUUAAACUUAGCAUUACACUAAUGAAUGAGGGCAGAGAGACUGAGAAAGAGUGAGAGAGAAAGAAGUCUAGAUAAGCGCGGAGGCUACCUCAUUCGUGUACAAUUGAUAACACAUGCGCUUUCGUAUGGAGAUAAAGCAUAACAUUUUCUCCGAGGAUUCGGCACGGGAAAGGAAUGCAAGGUUGCAGCAAGGAGCAGCGCGAAAAAAAAGGGGAAUAGCGGCGAAAGCAAGAGGAGAGCCGGUCAGGCCAAGGAACAACGAGCGGUAGCAAAACAAGAGAGACGAAAUUAACGUUCACGAGGAGGGGAUACAGAUACGUUUCUUCUCUGCCGUAUCAGCGGAACCAACAUUCAGUCUCCUCGUGACGUUCGCGUGCUGGUACCGCGUUGCACAGUACCGUUUCUCCUUAUCCGUCGUUCUUGCACAGCACACGUGUACCGCAUACACGCCGUUGUGCGAAGACAGAGAGAGAGAGAGAGAGAAAGAGAAAAGAGGAGAAAAGAGAAGUAGACAGCCGUGAAACACAGGUAUUCGUGCGGUAUACACGCGGUGGGCGAGCGCGCGCGAACCGUAUCACGACGUAACGUCGUCCGAUGUCACCGUUUUUGGUCGGCCGUCAUCGAUAACGAGGAUCUGGAGUCUUUUUAACUUACAAUUAGCGAACAGCAGCAGCAUGCCGACCACGAGAGGUUCCGGGUACUUAAAGCGUGCAAAUACUGAACGCCUCCAUGAAAUAUUUAAUCAGUACGCCACGCAGGAGAAGAAUGGCGAGAGGUUCAUGACUGCGUCUGACUUCGUACGCAGCUACCUUGGCCUUUACACGGAUGCCGAUUACAAUCCCGAAUCUGUCAGCUUACUCGCUGGUAUUGUCGACACUAGCAAAGAUGGGCUCAUAUCGUUUGCCGAAUUUCAAGCAUUCGAGGGUCUCCUCUGUGUACCAGACGCUUUAUACAAAACAGCUUUCCAACUCUUUGAUACUAAUGGAAAUGGAAUGGUUGCAUUUGACGAGUUCGCUGAGGUGAUGCGGAAAACUGUGCUACAUCAGAAAAUGCCCUUUAAUAUGGAUAGUAGUUUUAUCAAGCUUUACUUUGGAAAGGACAAGCAGAGGCUGAUCAGUUAUGCAGAAUUCAGCCAGUUUUUACACGACUUUCAUGAAGAAUACGCAACGGAAGCUUUUAAGAAAUUCGAUAAGGAUAGCGCAGGUUUCAUCUCAGCAUUAGAUUUUCAAGAUAUCAUGAUCAGUAUUAAGAGUCAUCUGCUCACGAAAGAUGUGAGGGAUAAUCUAAUUGCUGCAGUUGGCGCCGGCCAAAGUGGACGCAAAGUCAGUUUUCCGUACUUUAUGGCGUUCAAUUCACUUCUAAACAACAUGGAACUCAUUAAACGUAUCUACCUGAAUGCGACCAAUGGCCAUAGAUAUCAGGAGGUGACCAAAGAGGAAUUUCUUUAUUCUGCACAAAUGAUGUCCCAGAUAACUCCAUUGGAAGUAGACAUCCUGUUUCAUCUUUGCGAUUUGCUCCAUCAAACUGGGAAGAUCGUGUACAAUGACCUCGUGGCUAUUACACCCGAGCAGUAUUUUAAGCAGAUUACAAAACGCGUUGCCGAGAUUAAAGCAGUAUCGAGUCCAGAUGAGCGCGGUAUUCUGGUACAAUUGCUUGAAAGCGGAUAUCGGUUCGUGCUUGGUUCCAUCGGUGGAGCCGUUGGCGCUACGGCUGUGUAUCCUAUCGACUUGGUGAAAACUAGAAUGCAGAACCAGAGGACCGGAUCCUUUAUAGGCGAGCUGAUGUACAGAAACAGCUUUGAUUGCUGUAAAAAGGUGAUCCGGCAUGAAGGUUUUUUCGGUCUUUAUCGAGGUCUGAUGCCUCAGUUGAUGGGAGUAGCCCCGGAAAAGGCUAUUAAACUUACAGUUAACGAUUUCGUCAGGGACAAGUUUAUGGAUAAAAAUGGAAAUUUACCGCUGUUAGGAGAAAUUAUGUCUGGUGCUUGCGCUGGAGGAUCGCAGGUCAUAUUCACUAAUCCUUUAGAAAUCGUAAAGAUUCGGCUACAGGUAGCUGGAGAAAUCGCAGGAGGAUCGAAGGUCAGAGCGUGGGCCGUCGUCAAGGAAUUAGGUCUUUUUGGAUUAUACAAAGGUGCUAGGGCCUGCUUUUUGCGGGAUGUGCCGUUUAGCGCGAUCUACUUUCCUAUGUAUGCUCAUACGAAAACGCGAUUGGCCGACGAAGGGGGUUACAAUACGCCGUUGUCGCUCCUCGUUUCCGGUGCCAUCGCCGGUGUACCUGCAGCAGCGCUGGUCACUCCUGCGGAUGUAAUAAAAACGAGAUUACAGGUCGUAGCUAGAGAAGGCCAAACCACAUACAACGGACUCUUGGACUGUGCGAGAAAAAUUUAUAAGGAAGAAGGUGCCAGGGCGUUUUGGAAGGGCGCGACAGCUCGAGUGUUCAGAUCAUCACCGCAGUUUGGUGUCACUCUCUUCACGUACGAGGUACUGCAAAGGCUGUUCGUCGUCGAUUUCGGAGGAUCUCGACCCAGCGGAUCGGAGCUUAAGGUGCCUACCAUGGGAGUCGCGGAUGAGAUUCGAUCAACGAACCCAGAUCACAUAGGCGGCUAUCAAGUAGCCCUGCCCAUUUUCACGGGUAUAGAAACCAAGUUCGGUCUUUGCUUACCCAGGUUUCAGGCCGUCACCGGGAAGUAACACUAUCAUUAGCAACUUCUAGAAAACAAGCUUGUAGCAACCCCUGCCAUAAGUAAUGUACGAGUACCGGUCGCUGGUUGCACCACCGGCUGCACGAAGCGGGUGAAGCGUGUGUGAGCUUCAAGAACUACAAAUUGUGAGUCCGCAAAGCGUUCCAUCUUUUCACAAUCAUAAUCGGCUCGGUUAUUUCGAGUUGCGUGUAUCGUUGUACAGGAUCACACAUUAGAUCGGCAUAAGAAACGACCGGCGGUUGAUGUAAUGUGCGCGAUGAUCGCGAAGUGUAAUUGAUAGACCGGCCGAGGAGAAGUACAAAAUCCGUCGUGUUGCGGAAUGCCCAGAAAACGUUCGUGAUAGCUGAGUCGAUACAGUCAAUUGAUACAGAAACAGAACCGAUGGUAUUGAAACUAUUUAUUUUGAUACUAUAUAAAUAUGUUAUAUCGAAAUGAGAUGCCAUCUGUAAUUAUUUUGUGGAGCGAGCGAGCGAGAGAGAGAGAGAGAGCGAAAGAGAUCGAGCGAGCGAGAGAGACAUAUAUCGAUGGUUUGUUGUUGCCGACCUGAAAUCAUUGAUACGUUUCUGUCGAUACGGGCGUAGUGACCAAUCGAGUGUGUGUGUUCUUUAAAUCAUAAACGAUUAACGCCAACGGAGACGAGUGUGAUGUUCGAGCAAUGGUUAUAAUCCGCGACGGCCGCGACGUAUACGAACCAGAUAUAUUUGUGUAGGUCGUAAAGUAAUAACGCGAGUCAGGCCUUUGUAAUUACAUUUAUCAUUUAUCCGAAUGCCUAGCUGUAUAGCUUGUAAAGCUGACGAAUGGAAGGCCAGUAAAUUUGUUUUAACUCAUCACGCGUUUGUCAUACAGUAGCGAGGCAAACGUUGACGAGUGAAUACAAUAUGUAACAUAUCCUUAAACUCUUUCAAAACGAAUGAAAAAAAUAUUGCCAACGUUAUUUGUUAUAAUAAAGUAUAGUUUUGCGACAAUUUGUAUAUUUUAUAAUGUAUUGAAUAACGUACAAAGAGAAUGAAUGCUAUAUUUUAAAAUGUGAUAAAUUGGAAAGCGAGCAAUUUCUCAUUUUUUCGAGACAAAGUAAUUAAAGAAACGCAUUGAAUUAAAACGAAUUUACUGGCACUCGAGCACCAGUUUUACAAUUCUGCACGAGUGAAUAGAGACGAGAGUUAACGCACAUAAUUUCGGGAAGUGUCUCUACAAUGGCGAUUAUUAAGAACAGACAUUGAAACACGUUUCUCUGUGAUCUUCUCUUUCUUAUUGCGGAAAAGUGAACACACAGAACUGAGAGAACUUUCCGAGAAAAUUCUGAUCUAUAAAAUAGACAAUAUAAAAUUUGUUGAAUGCACGAACCUUUGUUGCGUUCACCUUAGUUUCAAUAUUCAUUGGAAAUGUGCAUGAAUCUUACGCGAAUACAAGAUAAUCAUUUGUUUUUACUGGUAACAAAUUUCUCGAAUAAACUUUUUAUAGCGUUUGA